AUGACCAUGAGCAACACAAGUCAGAAUGAUGAUAUUGAAACGGCGUCGCCCGUGGAUGCAAGGACUGAAAUUGCACUUUCGACCAUCAUCGAGGUCAAUCACGCGUCUUUUCUGGAUGCUUUUGUGCGCAACUACACGCAGCAGCCCGGUAACUUCAUGGACCUUGCCUUGAAGGACAGGCACGUCUACCGUCACGAUCCCCUCCUGUCUGUCUUCUCAUGGGAGCCCAUCACUUCCUUCAUGACCUCGAGAGCCGGUCAGCUCAUCGCUCUGCUCGUGGCCGUGCCUUGGCUGGUGGUGAGGAUAUACGAGGUCGCAGCUCUCCGGCAGCAAGACUUCUUCUUCCCAUCAAUCAGCUCGAUGCAUGUCAUCCUAGAGCCGCGCGCGAUACCCAGCAACGUGUCGUGCGGCUGGGAUGCGCGUCUGGAGCUGCUGAGCUGGUUCUUCCCUCCGCUUGCUCUGCUGAUGGCGGGGAUCGGAGCAGCCUUGGACAGAGUGCAGUGGGUGAACAAGAUCUUUGUUUUCUUCGGAGCGCUCGACGCGGCCUGCAACAUGCUGAUAUUCCUUCGGCUGGAGGUACGGGGCGAUUACCACAAGACGAUGCUUGGGACACCUUCGUUUCUGUUUCUGCUCGUCGCGGUCAAGGACGUGCUUCUGUUCCCCGGGCCGCUCCUGUACAGCGAGUCGUCGGCGAUCGAGCUGGGGCUGCUCUCGAACGUGGUGUACGCGUGUGCAGCAGGGGCGUGGUUGGUGUCGUAUCAGAGCAUCAUCGUGAUCAUCGUGCUGAGCAUGGUCUUGAUGCUGCGACGGGCGCUGGUGUACCGGGGGGAGCGGAUGAUCGCGGGGGAUCGGGCGGCGUUUUGUAGGGAGUGGGAAGGGCUGGCAGACAGGAGCAAGGAGGCGAUCCAGCACCUGUCGAAGCAAGUGAGGGAGUAUACAAGUACGAUGGCCGAGCGCGUGGCGAGGGCAGACGACGAGACGGCAGAAGACGCUGAGGCGAGGUCGAGCCUGAGGCAGCUGCACACGCUCUACGGGAGUGGUCGAAGCCUCACAGAGACGGUACAAAAGGGGACGUUUGUCGUAGAGCAGCGAUCGGCCGCGGGGCCGGUCAACAGCCUGGACCAGCUGUACGCGCACGCGGUGCUGAUAGAGCCCAUCUUCAGGGAGAAGGCGCUGGGGCUUGCGGCGGAGGCCAAGGGGAUGAUCCCGCUACGGCUGAGCGCGGAUGACAAGAGAGAGUACGUGCGGCUGGAGGACAUCCGGGGGGACGUGAUCUUGAUGAGACACGUGGAAUGGCCUAGAAUCAAGAACGUCGACCGCGCCAUCGACAAGAUCCUCCGCCUGUGCGAUGGGCAGACGUCGAGGCUGCUGGACGUGGUGCGGCAGUGCAUCGUCUUCGAGCGGCUCGAGGACCUGUGCGAGUGUCUGGAGCGGAUCCUGGGAGACCCCGAGAUCGUGGUGAUGAGGAUCAAGAACAGGCUGGACCCGAGCUUCGACGCGCGGACGACGGGGGGGUACCGAGACGUGGCGGUGAACCUACGGGUGGUGACGGAGAGGACGAGGGAGCUGGGGGUAGCGGGGCAUGUGUGCGAGCUGCGGCUGGGGGUGAUGGGGAUGCAUGUGCUAUCGACACGGGAGCGGCGGCUGCGGUACCGAGGGGUGAAGCAGGUACUGAGGUACGAGAGGGCAUGGUGGAGCAAAGAAAAGGUUUGCUCCAAGGUUGAAAACGUUUCCAUCCAAGUCAGCAUGAGCCAAGUUUCGGAGUCAAUUGAAUCGACCCAAGAAGGGUUGAGCCGAGCACAGGGAAGGAUGCAGACAUUUGAGCAGUGUGAUGAUUGUCCACAGAGCUCUUUCAUGAAGUACAAGGGCAAGUACCCGGGGGGUAUCAUGGACGAGAAGCUACGAAACAUCGUUACUGGGAUACAGAAUACCAUGACCUCGAGCGUCAUCUUCUCCUCCAACCCUGUCAAAAAUACGUUACAAAAGGUGACAACGCAGGUCGUUCUUCUUGCCGUCGCGGGCUUUCUCACUUACAUGUACGUCGCAUCCCUCAAUGUCAGUGGAUUCCUCGAGAACAAAGCUACUUCAGUUUACGUCGCAAGAUUGCACAUACAAGAAUACCGCGAUCAAGCUCCUCGCGCCUCCAUUCCCAGCGCCUCCGUCUCCAACUUCUCUCUCAUGCUUGACAGCUGCAACCAGCGAUCCCCGGCGUCCACCAAGACGGUGAACAACACGCUCUACUUCUUCUUCGCUCCGCCGGCGGAGGCCAACGGCUGGCACUUCAGCCUCAACCCUGACAAGCAGCUGGCGGGCUACGACCCGAUCGCCUUCAACCUCUCGAUACUGGAGCGGCCGGUGGGGAGCGGGGAGGAAGUAGAGAGUGUGUCGGGGAAGGCGUGGAAGGACUGGACGAGCUUCUCGUGCAGAGAGAGGCCGGGGAUGGGAGUGUGCAAGGAAGGCGAGGCGUACAGGGGGGCACGGAUGUACUUCAACGUACAAUAUCUAGUGUUUCGCAUCCUUGCGAUUUUGAUCUCGAUAAUUCAGCCUCUUGUAUGUAUCUUGGCGGUAGUGACGGCAAGGCUAGGGUAUCGACGGGUACCGAAGACGAUGUUCGCGUCCUUGUUUCACGUGGUCGGAGUGUUUGAAAUCUUCUUCUUCGCGGUAGGCAACGAGACUACGGGGAGCGGCUUGAUAUGGGGCAUUGGGGACCUUUCUUUCGGGAUGGUCAUCGAGUUUCGAGAGCAGUACAUGAUGACAGUCCUGCCGUUCUACAGCAUCUUCACCUCGGUCGGGGUUUCAAGCCUCGUCACCCAUGGAUACAAGCGUGUUCCGGACAUAUCGAAUCUUGGAUGGAGCAACUUCCCCCUGAUAGCGAUGUGGUUGUACUUCACUAUAGGCAGAAAACUCCACCUGCACAGAGCCUUCAAGAACGUCAAGUCGGAGCUUCUCAAGUACAACGACCUCUGGGAGUCUCUCUCUUCCUCUCAAACCAGUCGCCUGACCCUGGAGCGCAUCGGCCAGCUGGUCUCGCAGGUCCAAGUCCCGACCAGGCUGGCUCAGAGCCGCGUGCAUGACCCCGACAGCCCGCUAGAGGAGUCGUCGAGCCCGCUGGAGUGGAUGCUGAGGAAGAGCCAGGGCGGCUCCUUCUCCCUGCGUGUGCCGAGCAAGAGCGUGUGGCCGCUGAGCAAGGACCCGCGGGUGGUGUCGCUAGACCAGCUGUACGCGCAGGCGGUGUUUGCCGACCCGAUCUUCCGGAAGAAGGUACAAGAGCUUGCGGAGGAGUCGAGGGGCUUGUUCCCGGCUCUGCCUUCAGGUAGCGAAGGGUUGGUGGAGUGUAUCGGGUGGAGGGAGGCAAAGGAGGACGAGGAGCUUCAGCAGCGGAUCCGAUGGGCGCCGAUGAAGAGCGUGGACCGGGCGGUGGAGAAGCUCGUGCGAUCCUACAACAACGACGUGUCGAGGCUGCUGGACGUGGUGCGGCAGUGCAUCGUCUUCGAGCAGCUCGAGGACCUGUGCGAGUGUCUGGAGCGGAUCCUGGGAGACCCCGAGAUCGUGGUGAUGAGGAUCAAGAACAGGCUGGACCCGAGCUUCGACGCGCGGACGACGGGGGGGUACCGAGACGUGGCGGUGAACCUACGGGUGGUGACGGAGAGGACGAGGGAGCUGGGGGUAGCGGGGCAUGUGUGCGAGCUGCAGCUUCUGGUGAAGGGGUUUAUGGAUCUAAGGACGACGGAGGGGCACAAGAGGUAUGUAGCGUAUAGGAACCUGAGAUGUGAGUGA